GGUAGGAGAGGCAACUCAAACGACAGAGGAGAGUUUGUUGUUUAUUCCCCGUGUCAGAGAGGACAAAAGAGCACGUAGCCUUUUCAAAAUGUCGGAUUUUGAUAGCAACCCGUUCGCGGAGCCUGCCAGCGACAACCCUUUCAAUGACCCUUCAGUCACACAAGUGACCAGCUCCAAUGUAGAACCAGUUGACCAGUACAACCCUUUCCCUGCCCAUCCCACAGACGGCUUAGCGACUCAUACCACUCCAGCCUCCACCUCUCCCUACCAGCCUGCUGUGCUACAGCCGUCUACAGAGCCCAGUCCGCAGGCGACUGCUGCUGCAGCCCAGGCCAAUCUGCUGAGGCAGCAGGAGGAGCUGGAGAGGAAAGCUGCCGAGCUGGACCGCAGGGAGAAGGAGCUACAGAGCAGAGGCCCAUCAGGUAAAGAGAACAACUGGCCUCCACUUCCCAAGAGCUUCCCCAUCAAACCGUGUUUCUAUCAGGACUUCUCAGAGGAAAUCCCCUCAGAGUACCAGAGAGUCUGCAAGAUGAUGUACUAUCUGUGGAUGUUCAACUGUGUGACUCUGUUCCUCAACCUGCUGGCGUGUCUGGCUUACUUCACCACUGACGCAGCCUAUGGUGUGGACUUUGGCCUCUCCAUCCUCUGGCUCAUCCUCUUCGCUCCCUGCUCCUUCCUCUGCUGGUACCGGCCCGUUUACAAGGCCUUCAAGUCUGACAGCUCCUUCAGCUUCUUCUUCUUCUUCUUCGUGUUCUUCUUCCAAGUGGUGAUCUUCAUCAUCCAGUCUGUAGGCAUCCCAAAGUGGGGGAACAGUGGUUGGAUCUCUGCCUUCACCGUCAUCGGCAAGUACAAGGCAGUGGGAGCCAUCAUGAUCAUAGUGGCCAUCCUGUUCACCAUCUGUGCUGUGCUGUCUGUCAUCCUGCUCAAGAUGGUCCAUAGCAUGUACCGCCGGACCGGGGCCAGUUUCCAGAAGGCCCAGCAGGAAUUCUCGCAGGGCAUCUUCACCAAUAAAACCUUCCAAACAGCUGCUGCUGGUGCAGCAUCCUCCGCUGCCCAGGGAGCCUUCCAGGGCAACAACUAAUGGUAGACAGAGCUAAGCUAAGCUCCAUUUAACAGGUCAAGGUCUACAUGUAAUCAGGUCUAGAUUAUUAACUAAAACAAAGCGAAGUUAUUGUGACUCUGGAAACAGCUCCUGCCUUUUGGAGCCAGCAGCUGCAAAAUAUGAUCUAACCUAAUUAUGUGUAGACCUUGAGCUAGGUGAGGCUGCCUUAUAGGCCUCCCUCCUUUCAACCUCACUGUCAAUGCACAUGCAGUUCCCCAUAUUAACUUUACAUAGUCAGCACGUCUCCUGCAGAGUGACUUCAUCCGGCUCUGUUUGGGUGUCAAAAGCAGUCAGGGGAGGAAGUCACAAAUCAAGUGCAUUCUGAGGUGGAAAGCAUGAAUGAAGUUGACUGAUGGCUAUUUCAGUGUGUCCUGGCUUUGUAUAUUUUGUGUGCACUUUUUUGGCAAUGCUCUUCAGUGUAAUGUGUGCGUGCAUGCGUGUGUGUGCGUGUGUGUGUGUGUGUGUGAGCGUGAGCAUGUGUGUCUGCUGGUAUGCUGAUCAUCUUGCUGAUGGUGGACCCUGAUCCUGUAAUAUAAAAGAGAUGAAGUGUUUCUGGUUGUCAUUGAUUGGCACUUUCUUUUGUCUCAAAAGCAUUUCUUCUGUGUUGUUGAACCUGUUUUGGCAAAUCAUCUCUUUUGGAAGGAAGAAAAGUAACUGUAAUAAAUCAUGCAGUUAAUUACAAACUGUCUGGCCUUAGAUUUUUAGAUAUUACUGUUACUUGCAGUUAAUUUUUCGAUAAGGUAAACCGAGCACUUUCAGACUGUAAUACUGUGUUCACACUUCACAAAAUCUGUGCCUUUGAAUUUGUCUCGAACCAAAAUGUUGCCAAGAUCUUUCUGAAACAUCACUGGUGUCAGAAAAUGUAUAGAAAUAUUGUAUAUUUUGGUACUACAUGAUGGUUUCUACAUAAAGAUCACAUCCACAAAGUAAAAUUAAAGUGUUUUUGCUCUAAUCAAUUUCAAGCAAAUUGAAUUUCUACUUUAAUUCAGAAUACAGCAGAAAGCAGCUUCAGCUUCAUCUGUGACCACUUCUUUGCUUAAGAGUUGUUUCCAUUGAAACGAAAGCAAUACUGACCAAAAAACUGAAUAUUUUGGUAAAAAAAUAAAUGUAUUUACUCCAAGCAGACUGACACCAGUUCAUGCAGUUUGCUUUAAUGGGCUGAGCCUGUUCUAUUCAUUUCACUACUAACAGUAGGUGCAGGAGGAGGAAAGAUCUCAAAUUGAAGAUGCUCUAAUGAGGUUUGACAGGUGAAACAGGACCUGAAUAAUCCAGAUUUCCCCAAAGUGUGUUUGAUUUCUAAUCUGUACUAGAGCUGUAUAAAUUUGCCAUAACACAUACCUGCAUUAUAAAGAGAACCAGUGACUCAGCAUCACCAGUAUGCAGUUAAGGCAUUGCAUUUUCACUGUUUCUCAUGGAUUUUUUCACCUCUUGAAGGAAUUCUCAAACAUCUUCCUCACACCUCUCUCGGACUACCACCAAGUUCUAAAUUAUUUGUGUACUGAUGUAUAUUUUCUAUGUGACUUCUUAUGUUGAAAAACAUGCAUAUGUGUGUUUAUUUGAUGUACUGUUUCAAAAACAUUGGCUUGAGCGUAACAUGUCUGCAUUCCUAAAGGACAACUGCAAACGAUUUGUGUGGCGUUCUUGCAACAGAUAUCGGUUCAAUCUUAGGUCCAUUAUAUGAUACAAGAUUUGUAUUCAUUCACACAUCUCUGUAUGCAUUGUUUUGAGCAAACAGAAUUGAGUGCCUUUUUUAUUUCAUUAUUGAAUAUAUCUAAUAAAUUGCUUUGCUUUUCA